GCCCCCUAUCUCAUUGUAUAGACUAUAAGAUUAUGGCGUCUGACGGUAACUUUUCUCAUGAUUUCCCUGGUUUUUUCUUCUCUUAGUACUGGAAUAUAGUAUAAAAACCCUUCGAGACUCUUUGGCUUUACUCAAUGGCUCAUAAAGAGUUUGGAUCCUUGAAUGGCUUUGCUAAAAAUCCCACUUCGUGCAAAGGCAAAAGAGCCUCUAUUCCACUCAGUCAGGCGUAUAAUAACACCAUUACCCUGCCACGUUUCUUUUGUUCGUUUAUUUAUUUCUCCCUCUUUCUUUUUACAUAGAUUCUCGUGGCAUUUUCGGUUUCAUCUCUCGCGCAGACGUUUACGAUCCAAACCGCAAGAUAAUUCCAACAACGCCAGAAUACUUCCCAUUUCCAACUACAAGAUGUCUACCACUCUUCCGAUCGAGAUACUCCUCCAAAUAGCCCAAUACCUUGAUUGCAAUGGGCAGUACACACUUCUACGAGCCUGUCCAUUUUUAGCAGGUGAUUUUGUGUACGGCCGACAUCUCUUGGCCGACGCGGACAGCAACGGCAACAACCUGGUGCAUAUACUUGCACAGAAUGGAGAGGAGGCACUGCUAAAGUCUCUGUUCCCGGAUGACGACCUGGAGAGAAGUUUCUGCGUUCGAAAUGUCAUCCCUCGUCUAAAGCAGAUGCUUCUCACACGAUCCAUAAACGACGAGGGGGCCACGCCCAUUCAUCUGGCGGCAGAAAAGGGGCAUCUCGCCAUUGUCGAGUGGAUCGCAAAGCGCCCGGCAGUAGACCUCAGCUUCGAAGAUAGAGCAGGGGCAACAUGCGUGGAGCGAGCGGCGAGGGCAGGGCAAACGGAAGUCGUCAGCCUACUUCUCGACAACCCUAAUUUGACGACGGAUUGGAACGCCAGCCAGCGGUCAAACCCCCUUUGCCUGGCUGCCGAAUAUGGCCACAUCGAGACCGUAAGGGCAAUUCUCACGCGCCACGGGAAUAGAGUCAAUGUCAACUCCCGUGCAGCCUACGGCAUCACAGCUCUGAGCCUCGCCGUCCUGCGAGAUCAUGAAGCAAUCACAGAGAUGUUGCUUCAGCAAAAGGACAUUGACAUCAACGCGGAGGAUUAUCUGGGCAACAAUACGUUGCACAUGGCGGUCCGAAGCAAGAACCAUGCCGCCCUGGAGCUCCUCCUGGAACACCCGAAUGCCGAUCCUAACGUUCGGGACUGGUACGGUCACACCCCUCUACAGGAGGCCGUCUCCAUGGGCGACGAGGCCACAGUCAGGCUCUUUCUCAAGCACCCAGGAACGGAUGUCAAUCUCGGGAACAGCAAGCAGGUCACUCCCCUCAUCAAGGCGGUACAGGAAUGCCGCGAGCGGAUUGCCCAGCUCUUGCUCAAGCGAUCCGACAUUGAAGCCGACAAGAAGGACUACUGCGGCAUGACCGCCUUCGCUUGGGCAGCAUUCCUGGGCCGCGUUGAGAUUGCCGAGAUGCUGCUCCAGCGGCCAGACGUCGACCCCAAUUCGAGAGACGAAGACGGCGUGACGCCACUCAGCCACUCCAUGCACGCCGGUUGGGAGGACGUGGCCGAGUUCCUCAUCAACAGGGACGACGUCGAGAUCAACGCCGAGGACGAUUUUGGCUGGACGGCUCUAGCUCACGCCAAAGGCGCUCCCGACGGCAUCUCGAUUCUCUUGAUGAAGAUGCUUCUCCAGCGCGGGGCCACCAUGGAGCUCUACCCAGAGAUGAUGGUCAUGUCCAAGUCAAUGGCCCAUUCCGACAUUGCCAUCGACAUGGUGGCGUCGAUGAUUGAUGACCACGAUCUCGAGGCAUACAUGAUCAAGCGUUUCGGGCAAGAGAAGACAAACGAGGCCUUGGUGGACGGUGAGAAUGGGGUGAGGACACUGCUCUUCCGGAAUACCAGGGCGAUGAGGAUGAGACGGGAUGCAGUGGAGGGGAUUCGAUAUCAGGAGCCUUAUUGAGGCGUAGGAAGUUUGGACUUUGUUUUGGAUUGAUAUUUGAGGCUCAGAAUUUGGCGCAUGUUAUUAUGGCGUUUCACGAAUAUUUG